CAGCCAAUGUAACGCUGCUUUUCGUUUUGGUCACCACCCCUCCAGUUGUUAAAACUUCCGGGAAAACACGAUAAAUGCCGAAGAAGAAGACGAAGAACUAGUCAAACUACUACAACUACAGCUGCGACUGCUAACUCGACAAACUAUCCAGACACUCUUUUGUUUUGUUCAUUCGGUUGUUUGUGUUUGUCCCUCCUCAUGGAUCACGACUAUUCGUUGCCGGUUCCCGCCCCUCCGGUCACCGAAACCGCCCCGGUGAAGCGCAAACGUUCCGGCGAACCGAACGACCGGAGGAGACCGUGUCACCAGAGGAGUAAAACCCGGAUAAACAUCGGAGAGAGUCUCCCCAGAUGGAGAGAGCUCCGUACCAGGCUGGGACUGCAGAGAGACGCUGAUCUGGCUCGUGUUCUCCUGGACAGUUUCACUAAUAUGACGUCCACCAUGAGCCUGAGUGAUGAUGAUGAUUUUCAAAACACAAAGUUUGUCUGGAACAACCCAGAUGAGGAUGACAUAUGGGAAACAGCCAGUGAGGACAGCACCACUGAGGACUACAUCCCUUCUAUUUCUCUGAGAAAGGGUGGAGGAAAAAAGAAUUUGGAGCAGAAAAAUGAUGUGCAAGAGAAAGUGCAGCGCUGUACUGCAGUGAAUAAACUUCUCCCUCCACCUGAAGGGCCUGUAUCGACGCCUCCUGUUAGCCACCAGGUCAAGUGUGAGAAUUGUACAAAUGGACAAUUGGCUCCACUUGCAUAUGAAUCCAGCAUGAGACAGCUGGUUACACUUCUACAGAUACCUGUGGUGAAUUUUAACGUCACAAACAACGUCAACAAAUGAUGCUUGCCAGGCUUCAGCCCCUUCAAGAGGCACAGGAACAAUCAUCAAGUAGAUGUUCCAAUAGCCACAGAAAACAGAUGUGGAACUCGAAGCCCACACUGAAACACAGGCCGCAUCCUGUCAGGGAAUAACUUCUACAAAGUGUCAUAAAGGUUAAGAUGCACAAAAGUGGUCUUUGUUCGAAAAGACAUGUUUUCCAACAGUCAAAGGCUCCAACGAAGGGAGAGAGAUUUGCAGAAUAAAGGUGGUGUUGUUGUUUUAGGGUUCAGCGCUACACCUCAAGACAAGCGACCCGAGCUGGACUGUAAUCUUGUUUAUCCAGAGUUCUGACCAGUUAACUGAACCACCUUGACUUUUAGUUUUUUGGUUUUUUCCAUUGUUUAAGACACUUUAUCUGUGCAACUCUUUUCAUCCACAUUUGUUCUCACAUAAAACUGAGUGUCAAAGGUGUAUCGUGUUACAUUUCUACAUUAAAAUGUCUAAAAAUCAGUAGACCGAU